GUUCCGAUUCAAAUCCGCAUCUCUCUCUGUCUCUCUCUACACGCCCACACUCUCUCUCCUCCCAAACUCUCUGAGUAAAGAGGUCAAAUAUUUCCCAACCUUUCCCUCCCAUUUUUUCCCAGUUACUCUAUCUCUCCGCAAUUGUGAAGAAAUGGACGGCGGUGCUUCGUACAACCCGCGCACGGUGGAGGAGGUCUUCAGAGACUUCAAAGGGCGGAGGGCCGGCAUGAUUAAAGCUCUCACCACCGAGGUCGAAGACUUUUUUCAGCAGUGCGACCCUGAGAAGGAAAAUCUUUGCCUUUAUGGAUUCCCCAGUGAGCAGUGGGAAGUUAAUUUGCCUGCGGAGGAGGUUCCUCCAGAGCUUCCGGAGCCAGCACUUGGUAUCAACUUUGCGAGAGAUGGGAUGCAAGAAAAGGACUGGUUAUCCUUGGUUGCUGUCCACAGUGAUGCAUGGUUGCUUGCAGUGGCAUUUUAUUUCGGUGCGAGGUUUGGAUUUGAUAAGGCUGAUAGGAAACGCCUUUUUAAUAUGAUAAAUGAACUUCCAACAAUAUUCGAGGUUGUGACAGGGACAACCAAGAAACAAGUGAAGGAGAAGUCAUCAAAUUCAAAUCAUGGCAGCAACAGAUCUAAGUCAAACUCUAAGCGAGGUUCUGAGCCUCAACCCAGGUAUUCAAAGGCAUCGCAGUCAAAGGAUGCAGAGGAGAACGAGGAAGAAGGUUUGGAAGAUGAAGACGAGGAUGAGCACGGCGAGACACUGUGUGGGGCUUGUGGAGAAAACUACGCAUCUGAUGAAUUUUGGAUUUGCUGCGACAUCUGCGAGAAGUGGUUCCACGGUAAGUGUGUCAAGAUCACCCCAGCAAGAGCCGAGCAUAUCAAGCAGUACAAAUGCCCAUCUUGCAGCAACAAGAGAGCCAAACAUUGAUGGUUUUUCUGGGGAGGUGACUUGCGUAUUCUCGUGGUUGACUGCUAAUUGUCUAGGUCAGGUUUUCUCUCUGUCUCAAAGCUUGUAACUUUAGGAAAUUUUAUCUUGGAUCUUGACUUGUUGCGUAGUUUGCAAGUCUGCUGUCUAUUUCAAUUAAGUUAGGAUAUUUAUGUUCAGGUCGGAAACGAUUUCCCCCCUGUGAGUGUGGAACUCGUCAUUUCUCUGCGUGAAUGUAGCACAGUGUCUAUAAAAUUAAAGUCUCUAUUUCACAA